CGAAAUGAGUGGGAUCCGUGCAAGAAAAAAAUGAUAUUCCAAUUUUGUGACAGAAAUUAAUUAAGGGUGUAUAUAUGUGCGAUGGUAUUGUAAAACCUAAUCGAUUGGACUGGACCCUAUAAAUAGAACGCCAUCUAUAUAUUCUAUCCCCAACCCUAACUCUCGUACUGCUCCGGAUCGAUCUCCCUCCCUGCCUGCUCUCUCUCCAGCGGGAGCAACAAGCAUCGACGUAUGGUCGAUCCACUUCAAGAACAAUGAACAUCUUUGUCAAUAACCCCACCGGAACAGCGUUCCGGGUCUGGGUGCACCCAUCAGACACCGUGUGUUCCGUCAUGAAGAACAUAGACAAGCGGUAUCGCCUCAUCUUCAAUGGGGUGCAGCUACAGGAUAACUGUAGAUUGGCCGAUUACAACAUCCAGGAGGACUCCACUCUUGACCUUGAAGAGAAGAUGCAGAUUCACGUGAUGGAGACGCUGAUGGGCAACACCAUCGACCUUGACUUCAACAGCCUAGACACUAUCGACAGCGUGAAGGCCAAGAUCUAUCGCCUCAAGGGCUUUCCUGUAGAUCAGCAGUGCCUCCUCUUCGCCGGCAAGCGUCUAGAGAACGGGAACCGCACCUUGGCAGACCACAACAUAUGCAUGGAGUCCACGAUACUCCUUGUCCUCCUCCCAUAUAUUCCGAAAGGACACAUGAUGCAGAUCUUCGUGAAGGGGAUAACUGGGAAGACCAUCACUCUCCAGGUUGGGAGCUCGGACACCGUCGAUAGUGUCAAGGUGAAGAUCUAUGAGAGGAACCACGCCCCUUUCCCGAAUGUGCAACGCCUCAUCUUUGCUGGCAGGCAGCUGGAGGGAGGGCGCACCUUGGCGGACUCCAAGAUUACAAAGCAUUGCACCCUUCAUUUGACUCUAGGGAGAGUAUCAGGUGAUACCACACACUAAAUGCUCCCGUGAUACCAAUUUUGGAAAAUCAAUUUUAGAUGUUCACAGCAUAUGUGACUACAACCCCUUUAAAAAUCAGAUCCAAAUUCGAAAAACACAUUAAGAAACAAAAAUGAAAAAUCUAGCAUGAAUAGUGUCACAAAAAGACAAAAGCCUAUUCACAUCUGGAUUUGUCUUUUUUGUUUCUCAAUGUGCAUUUCGAAUUUGAAGCUGAAAUUUUUAGGUGCUGUUGACACAUACCUUAUGAACAUUCAUGAUUUAUCUCACAAUUUUUUGAAGCAUUUAAAAUUAAGUUUUUUGAAAUAGUAUCAUGGGAGCAUUUAAGGUCUGGUAUCACUAGAUAUUCUCCCCUCUAGGGAGAGUUUACGCCUUCGUGGUGGUUGAGAUGCAUGGAUGGCUGUCCAACCACUAGUUUUAUUUUUGCUGGAGUCUUCCAUCCAGCUGACA